CUUAAGUGUUGAACGAACCCUUACAGUGAUCUUUUGGGUCUGCCUGUACUCAUACAAACGCUAAGGUGUUAAUUCAACCCUGCAGAUGUGUUAAUUCGACGCCCGGUUUUUCAGCUGUGUCUCGUGCCAGCUCAAAGCGCUGCGGAUGACGUAAAACGCUCGCGCUCUCUAGAAGCAUUCGGAAGCGCGCGGCGACGGCGGCGCGCGACGUAAACGUCAGAGCAAGAUGAGCGCGGCGGACGUCGAGGGGGAAGAGGCCACCUCGUGCAGACGCGGAAGCGCCGGAUCGAGUCCCUGCGCUUCCAGCCAGAAACCCCGGAACCGGAGCCAGCGGCCCGAGCGCACCGCGGCGGCUCUGCGCCAAGCGCGAGAGCGGAGCGCGUGACGAACAACGAAGAACGAGGAGACCAUGUUGCUGCGCACGCGACCGCCUCUUCUUCUUCUUCUACUUCUUGUUCUUUCUCGCCCUCUCGAGCGGGCCUUCGACGAUGCACGCAGUAAUAAUAAUCCCAUCGUCCCCCAAAUGGACUAACUGAUUAUCGCAGAUCAUCGCGGAGGGAAGCCGCCGUUCAGUGUCACGGAGGGGAAGUGAAGGUAUCGAAAGGGGGAAAAACGGACGCGCGAGGCGGACCUCAACGUCAAAUGACCAUAGUGGCAGAAAAGAAGCCGCCACGGUGGAGUCGGCCGGUGCUGCGCUUGUCCGAAAUAUGACCAGCGGCGCUCGCAAGCCUCGGCAGAGAGAUGACGGCUUAACGCACCGGCUUGCACCGCGCGAGAACGAGCAGCAGUCCGCAGACUCCGAGCGGGCGCAGCGAUGGCGGCUCUCCUUGGCGUCGCUCGUCGUCUUUGCCGCGCUGCUCUCUGACCGGCCGCGCUUCUGCGCCGAGGCCAAGCUCACCAAGAGCCGAGACGAGGAGCCGGCCAGGAUCGCUCUAGACGCCAUUUCCGUUGGAAACACUAGUCAACCGGAGUGGAGACUGGAAACGUGCCGCGCGGGCGGCGCGUCUAGGAGCUGCUUCACGUUCGCCGACGCGGACCACCUGUGUGCGGGCCUCUCGGGGUCAGACGUGAACCCGGGUGACUUGCACCUCUCGUUUUGCAACGCCUACUCGCUAAUGGAUUUGCUGUACGGCUUGACGAACCCGGACAACUUGAACUGCAGCGUGGAUGCGCUCGCGAGCGGCGACCCGUCCAGGUGUAGCCUGUGCGUGCAGGCGUACCAGCGCUAUGACCUGCACGCUCAGGAGAAAUACGAGGAGUUCGAGAGCAUGACCGAGCGCUACGAGACGGACGCGUACUCGGUGCGAACGUGCAUGGAUGAGUGUAAGGUGGUGUACAAGCCCUGGCUCUGCGCUCAAUAUUUCCAGAGCAAUCAGUCCAGCUGUAGCCGCAAGAUCCCAUGUGAGCAGUACUGUCUUGAGGUCCAGCAGAGGUGUCCCUUCAUAUUGCCUGACAAUGAUGACCUUAUACAUGGUGGCACUCCCAGUUUUAUAUGUACAGGGCUUUUGGAGAAUGCAGACAACACCAAGCAUGAGCCACAGUGCUGUGAUGUGCGGUGGGAGCUAAAAUUCAAUGAAUGUUCGCACAGCACAUUCAAAAGGACUCAUCCCUCACGCCAGCAUACGUCUGCCACGACCUCGGCGGCUCCGAGGCUGAAUCAAGGCAGACUGAAGCUCUGCUUGCUAGUCCUGGUCCUCUUGCACACGGUAGCGACCAUGACAGCUGUCCAGAACUCCACCUGCCUAGCCACCAUCUUCCCACUGGAGGACAAUGCCCCCAGAGAAGAGUGACUGGAUGUGGGGGGCUAUCUCUAGCCAAUCAGCAUGCUCCAAAAAGUGAAAGAUGGCCAGCAAGGAACUGGGCCGAACCGAGUCGAACCAAGCACGCCAGGCACGCCGGCAGAUCCCUAGCUGCGCUUUACAUGUUCAGUGCUCUUUAUGCCCCAGGUAGAAGGAAUGACAGAAUUCAUGAGAAGGGCAAGAAGAGACAAAGGAAGAGGAAGACCAAGACUGUGUCCUUUUGAGACGUCAGCUCUCACACUGUUCUGAAAAGUAUAUAUUUUGUUUUUUGUUGUAUCAGAUGAUGGUCAGACUUUUUCCCUUUUUAGCUUCUGCUGUCAAAAUGGGUUUCUGUGUAUGUCAACCACUUCAGAUUAAAAUGGAAUGAGGGAAGAAAGCAAAGUUAUAUGUAUCCAUGUCUCAGUCAAACCACUCUGUCAUACUCUAUUAUUUUCACAUUUGACAGCUAGCAUGAAUAGAAGUAUACAUGCUGUUGCUGUAGCUAGAACGAUACGAACAGUAGGCUGGUUGUGGAUCCAAAUACUCUUACUACCUGUAACCCCCAUUCUUCAUUUACCAGAUUCAGAUACGUUAGGUUCUUGCUUUGCAAUCAAGAUGUAGACAGGUCCAUGUCAACAGAGCCUUAAAAACAGACCCCCAUAGCAAUCAUACGGUGUAUCAUACCAUUCCCCAUUUUUAGUGUUCAGCCUCUAUAUAUCCUCAGAUCUGCAGUGCUGUUUAGCAGACUACAUUAUAACCCUGUUGUUAUCCUGACACCUACUGGGACAGCUGAUAUCUUUUUACUGUGCAGUGAAAAUGUGAAUGUGUGGUGAUACACCACCAUAAUUUUCUCAAAUAUGGAAGGAAACCAGCGUGGAAGCCAAGAAUGAGGACCUGGUAGAACCCACAUUUCAAGGAAUUAAAUCAUCCACUUAUACUUUGUGUGAAUAAGCUAAUGGUUCUUUAGUAUUCCAUCCAAAGAGGCUGUCUCAAAACAGUUGUUUUAUUGACUAUACUCUAUACUCUUCCAGUAUAGGUAAAUCUUAACCUCACCAGGCUGCAAUAACAUGACUGGAGUGCCUGGUCUAGCCUAAAAAUGCAUACAAAUGGAACAGCAGCCACUCCAUCGAAACAUCAAGUUUUAUUUAGAAUGUGGUUGUUAAAUGACCUCCAGUAGCUUUCUUUGGGUGGUGCACAGAUGGCUCAGAAUGAUAUCAUGUUUUGACAAUUUUAUCAAUGGUUGUUCUUAUUUCCACACUCUUAUGCCCUCAAUAUGGUAACUUACACUGCUAAUGAGCUGCUGAAAAAGAAUGAGUUGCAUAGUGAUCAGUUGUAAUUGCGCUGUAAUUUUUUUGCCUUUGUUUUGUUCUCAAAAUGUCCUACACUGUUGUGUAAAGGGCUUAGCGGAUAGCAUGGAAGGGAAGGAGUUCUCAAGGGCUCAUUCUAUAAAUCUCCUUCUGUGUGUAGGACUGUGUGUGUUUGGUGUCUGACUGUAUGGGCCUCUGGCUGCUGAUAUACUGUUUUGCGACCUGUUUUACUUGGUGUUACAUCAUUAACCUAUGUUAAAAGACGUACUUUUUGCUUAACAUUUACUGUGUCUUUGUAAUUGGCUGGAGAAUAUCAUGGGCACAUUUGUCUCGCAUAGUUACGUCUAAUAAUAAUGUUGCAACGUCCCUCAAUCUGAAAGGCCCAAGUGCCUCCACUGUCCAUUUGUCUAGUGCUAUUUCUUCAACACAGCAGUAUAUAGAGGAACGGCAGCAGUUACAGUUGAUUAACAGUGUUUCCCACACAUAGGUGAUGCUUGGGUGUGGCCCCGAGGUAUACUGAUGAGAGCCCAAGUACAUUUUGGGCCAUAAAAAAAAUCACACUUUAUUUAUAAUACAUUUCGAGAAAACAACUCAUCUUGUUUUCAAUUUGGCUUUGACACGCACACAACUCGGGAGAGAAAAGAACCAGACAGAGCUGGUAAAGCACAUUCAUUUCAUCUUUAUUGAUUUUGACGUCAGUUUGUGCAAGUUCAUGGUAUACACUUAGUCUGUCAGAAUAGCUCCUAAUAUUUGCACAGUCUCAUUUUCUGCACAUUUUGGUUGCAUCUGGUGGCACUUUGCCUGGUUCCCAUUUAUUGGGCAUAUAACAUUUCUGGCUCCCUAUUUAACCACUCAGAACAAACCACUUUAAUAUAUUGUCAAGUGACAGAAUACAACAAAUAUACAGUAUACAGGUAAUUCAAUAUAGGAUACAGGUAAUUCACUUGAUUUUUUUUGUUCCUAAUGAUAUGUGGCAACACCUUGAACACUCUUUCAGCCACCUCACUCUGUUUCUAAUGAUAGAACAAUUAGCCUGGAGCUAUGCUCACGCUCCUCUUUAUCAGAAACUAACAACAUCGAUUAAAAAAGUUAUUAACACCUUAGCAGUUUUGCUCUCUCGUUGGUUUUUACUCUUGCAUGAUUUCAUGCUAUAAUACGGGUAUAUUUAGAAUUUCACAUAGAAAUGUCAUGGUUGAGAGACUUGUAUGUAUAUAUUUCAGUUUGCACCCACAGCUAUGCCGACUCUGCUCUGUGUUGUCGUACGACAUACAUGAAACUCGACCCAAGUAAUCUGUGGGAAACACUGAUUACACUACAGAUGUAAUAAAGGCCAGGCUAGAGCUGUAUCAUAGUUUUGUGAUGAUGGCUUUAAUAAGUGAACUUAAAGACAUGCUUUAACCCAUAGUCUUGUUGUAUGUCCUAUUUGCUGUUUAAAGCAGCUGGCCAAGGUCUUACAGUUCAGAGGUGACAAUCAUUCCUCAUUCCAUUAAUCAUACACUUUAAAUUAUCGUAAAAAAUGAUCCAGCCUUAUAAGCAAACAACAGGAUUUGUGGAUAUUGGGGAUGCCCUAUAAAUAUGAUAUCCUUUCUUAUAAUAAAAAUAUUGUAAGGAAGGAUAUUCAAGAAAAAAAUCUUAAAAGCUUUUGGCUUUGGGGUUUGCAGUAUCCGACACUGCCGAGUUGCACACAUCACCUUCUUUAAACAAGCUGUUUUACUCUGCCAUUACAUUUUACCCAGACAGCUUAUAUUAUGCCUUGUGGUAUCAACAACUUAGAAGUACAUACUACAGUGUCUAGUGGAAGGAAGUCAGAGCAACCAGACUUAUGUUUGUAAUACUGACGUUUCUACAAGAAUGCAAACCCUUCACAGCAGUUGUUGCCAUUAGGUCUGUCAGACAUUUUGAUUUCUGAUUAAAGGGUGACACAUAGAAAGUCUCUAGAACUAGCCUCCAUGUUGGUCCUGUUUACCUUAUAAAAACACAAGGCAGAUCCUACACAAUCUGUGUAAUAUUGCCAGAAUCACUUCAGAUACAUAUUUAGCCUUUUCAUCCCCUGUAUGAACCACUGAUCUUCAAAAAUCCUGUUGAUCUAUGCAGAUGUGCCUCUGUCAUUAUAUUGUAGAUUUGUGCUAAUGUAAAUUUGUGCUAAUUUGUCUCACUGUUGCCUGUCUUUCUUUGAGAUUUUGGUGUGUUUUUCCUCUCCCACAAUCUUUUUUUUCUACUCUGUUGCCCUUUCAUGGGUCACAUGUCAGUUGUUUUUGCGCUGCAUUUUCUUAGUCACGUCUCAAAAAGUGCGAGCUGCUUAAGUGAAUGUUUUCCUCUUCUGGGCUGGGCAAAUUGUGGUUCCGUGGAAUUUAAAACACUGACAUGGAAUCAGACAGACAUAUAUAGAUAUUACAAUUAUUAUUACAGUGUCAUAUUGUCAUACAAUAGAUGCUUUAGUUCACUGUUUCUCUUUUAAUUUUUUUUACACAAAGACUUUGAUUAAAUAUUUAUAAUUCGGUCUCACAGGUCAUGACCUUUUUUGAACGUAAGAUGAAAAAUACAGAUAUGUUUAUGAGAGUUCUGUUCUAAGGAAAAAUAAAUAGAGAUAUGUUAACUAUUA